AAUCAUUUCUCUCAGGUUUCGACGACAACCGACGGUGGCGACCGUCUCCUCCUCCAUAACCAAUCCUCACCACCACCACCGUCGCUGUUACGCCACCGCACCAGAGCCCAACCGAAAAGCUAAAUCCAAUUCUUCUCUCACCAAGCUACUCCCGUCACUACCGCAGCAACACUCACCUUCUCCUGCUCCAGUCUCCGCGACUCAUUCUCUCUCUAAUCACUUCUCUAACAUCGUAAGAUGAAUUCCAGAUGGCUCGUUGGAGUAUUACGCUGAUUUCGCCUCGAAGCUCGCUGAGGAUGGCCGAAUUGAGAACGUCGCUCUCAUCGCCGAGACCUUGGCUGCAGAGUCAGGAGCUAAUGUGGCACGCUUCGCUUCCAUGGUUGAUUAUGAUCUCUUAUCGAAAGGGAUUGCGUCGAAUCUACGACAAGGUAAGAUUGAGAGCGUUGUUUACACUUUGAAGAGAAUUGAGAAGGUAGGGAUUGCUCCAUUGGACCUCGUCGAUGAAACGUCUGUGAAACUAAUGAGGAAACAGUUUCUUUCAAUGGCUACCUCUUUGCAAGUGGAGAAAGCUAUUGACCUAAUGGAGAUUCUUGCCGGUCUUGGAUUCAAAAUCAAAGAGCUGGUGGAUCCUUUUGAUGUUGUAAAGAGUUGUGUCGACAUUUCCAAUCCUCAAUUAGCUAUUAGAUACGCAUAUCUUUUGCCGCAUACAGAGAUAUUGCUUUGUAGAAUUAUUCAUGGUUUCCGAAAGAAAGGAGAUAUGGUCUCUGUUAUGACAGCAUAUGAAGCCUGCAAACAGAUUUUGGAUACUCCUAACAUGUAUAUAUGCCGCACUAUGAUCGAUGUUUGUGGCCUGUGUGGGGAUUACGUUAAAUCGAGGUACAUAUAUGAGCAUCACGAUUCUCGCCCUUUGUACCUCUUAUCUACUGAUCUAAGUAUGGUAUGGGUUCUCACAGGCUUAGCGAGAGUCCACGGAUUCACUUUUGGUGACAGUUUGGAGCAGAGUAAGAUUAACAAGUGGAAAGAAUUUGGAGCCAGACUAACAAAGCUUUUAAACUUAGAACAGCCGUGGACAUUGAUUCUUGAUGACGAAUUAGCGAAUUCCUUUAUUUCACCAGUAACAGAUGAUAUCAAAGAUGAUCAUCAACUCAUAUUUGAAGAGUACGAGAGAUCAUGGGACCAAAACAAGGAGUUGGGUCUCAACGACAUAGAUACUUCUUCAGCUGAUGCUGCUUAUAAAUCGCCAGAGCCAACUAAAUUACCUUAAACCUGAAAAGAUAUCUCUAUAAUCAGAGAAUUAUGAUCUGUAUUUUGGGACACGUUAUUAUUAUGUUUAUGUUGUAUUGUAACAGUUUAGAGCACCUCAAGUAAACUACUUUUCUUUUCUUUUUUUGUCUGAAGUUUUUGAGUUGUUUUUCUUACAAAUUUAUGUUUUAUAGUGCUCUUUUUAUGUCAGAUUUCGAUUUUUUCACACAUUGCCACAGUCGUCAUAUGUAUAUAUUUUGAUCAUUGAUGCCCCUUUAUAGUUUGUUAGCUAUUGUUGGUUUCUAAAAUCUGAAUUUAGAAGAGAAAAACUUGGACCAGUUUGCUCAGUGUUUGACGCUAUAUUCUUUGUUUUCAAUACUGUUUGUAAUGGAAAUUUUCUAAAUGUCACAUUACUUAUUUGGUUUUCAAAUCAAAACGUUCAAUGAAA